GCAACUUACCUCUUCAUAAUGAUGAAGCUGAUCCUUUCUCUGACUCUCUUAUGGGCACUCUCCAGCACAGCUGGAGCACUUCAGUGUCAAACUUGCACAGAUGAGCAGUGCAACACAGAACCACUAACAUGUUCCUCAGAGACGGCGUGCAUAACAGCUUCUAUUCGAGCCAAAAUCCCUGGAACUCUAGAAGAGCAAAACUUCAAGGCGUGUGCAUCGUCCUCCCUGUGUCCAGCCCCAGGCUUUCAGACAUUUUCAUUCAACUUUGGUUUUGAGAGUGCAGUUGUAUCUGCGAAGUGCUGCAACACUGAUAACUGCAACAUUGAUAUUCUACCUAGUAAGUACAGAUGGAUAAGUAGCUUGUUUAAAGUGACUAUAUUCCCUGAUUCUCAGGCGGAUAACAACCUAGAGUGUUUCACAUGUGACCCUGUCACCUCUCUGUGCACCUCUCCAUUACAAUGUAAAGGAGUGGAGGACUCCUGCUUUCAAGCAACAUUUUGUGUAAUACUGCCAAAACUAACACAACCUCUGCCCCAACAACCGCUGCCCCAACAACCGCUGCCCCAACAACCGCUGCCCCAACAACCUCUGUCCCAACAACCGCUGUCCCAACAACCUUUGUCCCAACAACCGCUGCCCCAACGACGACAACAUCUGGCCCAACAACAAUAA